UCUCUAUAAUAACCACACGAUUUUACUUCAUCAAUUCGCAGCUGCCAAUCCUCAACCUCGCUAGAACAGAGUGACGUAAACAAAGAAAGAGGAUUAGAGGUAAAAGAAUGAUGCUUUCUUUCUGGUAUCUACUUUGGUUUGCAGGUGCAAUUGCCAAAACAUCUGAUAGAGGAGGAGGUAAUCACACUAAAGAACAGAGGACUCUGCAGCUUCUUCCAUGCCAAGAGACAACUCCACAAUUUGUAAGCAGAAGAAGCCCACGAAUUAGAAAAUCGAGCAGGCGAAUUCGGAAGAGAAGAUUAAAUGGGAAAAUAAAGGCUGGUAUUAAGAAGCUAAGAGCGGAGAUGGCAGAAAUCGGUGAGGAACAAAAAUGUAUAAAAGAGGGGCAGAGACAAGUGAGGACAAAAUAUGAAGAGAUAGCAGCAGAGCGCAAGCAACUGUGGAAAGAAACAGAGUUGAUAGCGACCCAGAGUGCGGAAAUCCAAUUGAAACUAAAUAUCAUGUUCCAAUUAGUAAAAGCAAGAGCUCAGAAUGACACACCUUUGGUUGCUCAACUCACUAACUCUCUUCGGAAAUCGAGGUCGUCCUCUUCAAGGAGAUCAGCAUCAACAAGAGUCCAUCAACGGCAAACAAGAUCAAACAAGUGGAAGCAUGAGAAUCCCUUCAACAAGAGUAGGAGGAUUUAGAUGGCAAACAAAGUGGUCAUCCUCUUCAAGGAGGUCAGUAUCGUGUCUGCACACCUCAAUAUCUGUGCCUCUGCUUCCCCUGAAUGAGGAAGAUAACAUCGGCGAUGAAGCAGAAGAGCCUAAACAUCAAACGCAGAAGAAGGAGAAUCCAUGGGUAAAGUCUAAGAGUUAUUUUGAAAUCUCAUAUCUUGAUAAAGAAGAAGAUUAAAAAAGAAGUUAUUUUCAGUAA